AUGGCAGAUUCAGCUGAGUUCCCUUGCAGGCACAGAGACACCGGCGCAGAUACCCCAUCAUCUAGACCAAGGGUUGUUUUUAACCCUACUCCGACUUACAUACGAGACUCGCUGCUGGCAGCGAAAAGGCAGCCAGUGAGCUGUCCCUCUGCGAAGACUGCGGAUAUUUCUCAAUGGUCGACUGCUGUUUCCACUUCCUUCGAUUGCGGCGGCGCUUCAACCCUUUACGCUCGACGUUUCGAGUCCCUGGGCCCCCCGCCGAACGCGGUCACUCCUCCAAACAGCGAAAAUGCUGCAGCGAAAGCAUCAUGGGACUGCGGUCACUGUCACGUCCUCCGCGAAGCGCAAGAGAUAGCCAGAGAGUACACUGACUUUGUUUGCCGGCGCCCGUUCCAUGCAAACACACUCCAAGCGAACGUAGGAUGCUCUGAAUUCUCAUGCAGCGCAAAGUUGUCUGCGAACAUGGACACUUGCGCCCGUCAAAAUGCUCAGCAACUUGAUUCAAGUGGUCAUUUUUCUUUCCGAGACGAAGCGACGAAAGCUGCGAAAGAAUAUGCAGAGCAUCUGACACACCAUCGACCGAAUCCUCGAUUUCCGUCCCCAAGCAAUAUCCCUCCUGGCACUGCUGGUAACUUUUGCGCGGAGCGGUUUCUCGCCCGUCAACGCAGUUCUGUUUUUAAUGCUCAGAGAGCUGCUGCCGAUUACACCAGUACCCUCUAUCAGACAGCGUCAAGUAUCGUUUCCUCGCCGCUGACACGUUUGCCGCAGACAGCCUCACCCGAUGACGCUGUUGAAAGCAUCCAUGCCCCUAUGGCGGAACCGUCCAGGGAAACUGUGUACGAAGGGGAGGAAAGUUUUACUGCGCGGUCGAAAGGCGGUUCAAAGGCCGGGAUCGCUAGCGAGUCAGAUCCAUUGCCACCCCAUAAGAGAGCUGAACAGGAGGGCACGGAGAUGCAAACCGCGCAACAGGGACACGCUCACCUGUCUGUUGGGAAGCAAGGAGGAGGUUUAACUGCUGAGAAGAAGCUGAGAACUGAAAAAUAUCUCGAAGGCUCCGAGACAAUGAACAAGGAGGGGCUCGCAGCCCUCCGCGCGUGCCGAGAAUGGAUGCAUGAGAGGAACCGGCUGCACGCCGAGUAUGGCAGCUUACACGGAUUUCGUCCCUUACUUGAUAUGACCGGCGUCUUGACCCGAUUCUUCACAAUGAUAAACAAACUAUUCUGCUCACGGUUAUCUCUUCAAGAUGAAUAG